AUUUGGCAUUAGUUCGAUUGUUCUCUUGCUCGAUAAACAUCUGUUAUAUUUUGUUCGUCGUUCGGUAAAUAACCAAUAUGGAUCAGGUCAUUGAAAGAAUUAAGGCUCGUGUAGCUGCCAUCGACCCGAAUGGUCCCCGUAAAGUUUUGGGUGUAUUUCAAUUGAACGUCAAGACCGCUAGUGGCGUCGAAGAAUGGACUAUCGAUCUGAAGCAAUUGAAAGUUAUCAAAGGACCCGCUAGCAACGCCGAUGUAACAGUUGCCUUGACUGUUGAGGAUUUGACGGCGAUAAGUGGAAAAACAUUAACAAUUGGAGAUGCUUUAGUUCAAGGAAAGUUGCAAAUUACGGGAAAUGCUGAAUUGGCAUCCAAGCUAGCCGAAGUUAUCUAAAUAUAAGACCUGGACAAUAAAUUGCAUGUGAUAUUCUUACAAA